AUGGGAUUGUUGUUUCCCUGCAGUUGGAGGCGUCUCAGUGCCAUAACACCAAAACCCCUCAAGAAAAUUACCCAAAGCACUUUGUUAGCUCCCCUAACCUCCGGUGUUCUCCAGUUUGACGGGACUGUUGUUUCCCCGAGCAGCUCCCUGGAGGCGGAGCUGUCGCAGUGCCGUGAGGAGCUGCAGAGGAGCCAGCGCCAGGUGGCGGCUCUGGAGGCCGUGCAGAAGCAGCUGGAGGCCGAGAAGCAGCAGCUGGAGGCCGAGAAGCAGCAGCGGGAGCAGGAGAGGGACGCUGCCCUGGGCCAGGCACAGGCGCUGACCAAGGAGCUGGACAAUGCUUUGGUGCAGCUGCAGGUGAUGCAGCAGCGGCUGCAGGAGAGGCUGAAGGAGCUGUCGGCGCUGCAGGAGCAGGAGGCCUCCGAGAAGGCGCAGCUGGCAGUGUACGAGGACCGAAUCCUGCAGCUGGAGAUGGAGCGGCGCCGCCUGCACAACGACAUCCAGGAGCUCAGGGGCAAUAUCCGUGUUUUCUGCCGUGUCCGGCCGCUCCUGCCCGAGGAGGAUCAGCGCCAGCAGGGGCUGCCCCACCUGCACUUCCCCAGCGGGGAUUCCCACAGCCUGCUGGUCACCCGGCCCGACGACUCCCAGCUGGGCCGGGAGCGGCGCGCGGAGCUGCGCUACAACUUCAGCUUCGACCGCGUCUUCCCACCCCUGGCCUCCCAGCAGGACAUCUUCGAGGAGAUCCAGCUCCUGGUGCAGGUGUGUGACCCAAAAUCCCCGAAAUUCCACCCAAACCCAGCCCCAAAUCCCAGUCAGAGCCUCCCAGCAGGACAAAUUCCAGGAGAUCCAGCUCCUGGUGCAGGUGUGUGACCCAAAAUCCCCGAAAUUCCACCCAAACCCAGCCCCAAAUCCCAGCCAGAGCCUCUUGGCAGGACAAAUUCCAGGAGAUCCAG